CACGUACAGUGGCAAAGGUACCCUUAAUUUGGAGCCUCGUAAUACGUCAAGAAGAAAUUGUGUUCCCGGAAUUACGCUUGGAAAAUAAAGUUUUAAUCCAUCAUGUCUAUCAAGUUGUACAGCUCACAAGGUCUGAGCCAGGAGUUUGCGGAUUCAAACAAGAACCUGAAGGGAGAUGGUGCUGAAUUCACAAGAGCCGUGGUUACCUCAGGAACUUGGAUCCUCUACACUCAUGCAAACUACAACGACAAUGAAUUUGGUGCUGGUCCAUCUAACCACAAGGUUCUCCAGCCUGGAGCAGAUGUAAACAUCUCAUGUGUGAAUGGCUCCAUGUAUCUCCUUGAGGACCAAGUGGAAGGAAUUAUUCUGUUCGAGCACAGUAACUACGGUGGAGAAAGGAAGUGGUUUGAAGAAAGCUGCUCAGAUGUGAACCCCUAUUUCCCAAGCGGGACAGCCGGUGGAGUUUCCUCUGACAUCGUGUUGUCCGAGAACCAAAACUUUGCCAUCUUCACCAAACCCAACUAUCAGGGUCUGCAACAGCAACUGGAUGGAGGCAAGUGGUGUGUAAAUCCGGGCGCGAUGAGUUUCCCUAACGACCGACUUCAGAGCUUCCGCAAGAAAUGAGAUGACCAGUCUGACCACCUUAUUGCUUGCAUUUCGUAGCAAAUACAUUUUUUUUGUCUAUUUGCCUGUUUGUUCUGUUUGUUUUGUUUUGUUUUUUUUUUUUUUUGUCUAAGCCUCGUUGCUAAUUUUGAUUGAUGAAGAUUUUUGUUAAACAAGAUUUUGUCAAUGUAACUUUGUACUUGAAGUCAAAAGAUACCAUACAAAUAAAUGAAGCUUGUUGCUGAAGGCUAA